AUGAAGCUACAUCACAGCGAUACGACCGGCCACACCACAGCGAUACGACCAGCCACACCACAACGAUACGACCAGCCACACCACAGCAAUACGUCGGAUACGUGCAGGUACAUCACAGCGAUACGUGAAGCUACAUCACAGCGAUACGACCAGCCACAUCACAGCGAUACGUCAGAUACGUGCAGCUACAUCACAGCAAUACGUGCAGGUACAUCACAGCGAUACGACCAGCCACACCACAGCGAUACGACCAGCCACAUCACAGCGAUACGUCAGAUACGUGCAGCUACAUCACAGCAAUACGUGCAGCCACACCACAGCGAUACGACCAGCCACACCACAGCAAUACGACCAGCCACACCACAGCGAUACAUCAGAUACGUGCCGGUACAUCACAGCGAUAUGUACAUCACAGCGAUACGACCAGCCACACCACAGCGAUACGACCAGCCACAUCACAGCGAUACGUCAGAUACGUGCAGCUACAUCACAGCAAUACGUGCAGCUACAUCACAGCGAUACGUGCAGCCACACCACAGCGAUACGUCAGAUACGUGCAGCUACAUCACAGCAAUACAUGCAGCCACACCACAGCGAUACGACCAGCCACACCACAGCGAUACGACCAGCCACAUCACAGUGAUACGACCAGCCACAUCACAGCGAUACGUCAGAUACGUGCAGCUACAUCACAGCAAUACGUGCAGCCACACCACAGCGAUACGACCAGCCACACCACAGCGAUACGACCAGCCACAUCACAGCAAUACGACCAGCCACAUCACAGCGAUACGUCAGAUACAUGCAGCUACAUCACAGCAAUACGUGCAGCCACACCACAGCGAUACGACCAGCCACACCACAGCGAUACGACCAGCCACACCACAGCGAUACAUCAGAUACGUGCAGGUACAUCACAGCGAUACGGUGAAGCUACAUCACAGCGAUACGACCAGCCACAUCACAGCGAUACGUCAGAUACGUGCAGCUACAUCACAGCAAUACGUGCAGGUACAUCACAGCGAUACGACCAGCCACACCACAGCGAUACGACCAGCCACAUCACAGCGAUACGUCAGAUACGUGCAGCUACAUCACAGCAAUACAUGCAGCUACAUCACAGCGAUACGACCAGCCACAUCACAGCGAUAUGACCAGCCACACCACAGCGAUACGAUCAGCUACAUCACAGCGAUAGUGCAGCCACACCACAGCGAUACGAUCAGCUACAUCACAGCGAUAGUGCAGCCACAUCACAGCGAUACGUCAGAUACGUGCAGCUACAUCACAGCAAUACAUGCAGCUACAUCACAGCGAUACAUGCAGCUACAUCACAGCGAUACGUCAGAUACGUGCAGGUACAUCACAGCGAUACGACCAGCCACACCACAGCGAUACGUCAGAUACGUGCAGGUACAUCACAGCAAUACGAUCAGCUACAUCACAGCGAGAGUGCAGCCACACCACAGCGAUACGAUCAGCUACAUCACAGCGAUAGUGCAGCCACAUCACAGCGAUACGUCAGAUACGUGCAGCUACAUCACAGCAAUACAUGCAGCUACAUCACAGCGAUACAUGCAGCUACAUCACAGCGAUACGUCAGAUACGUGCAGGUACAUCACAGCGAUACGUCCAGCCACACCACAGCGAUACGUCAGAUACGUGAAGCUACAUCACAGCGAUACGUGCAGCUACAUCACAGCGAUACGUGCAGCUACAUCACAGCGAUUAUACGUGCCUUUUAUCAGAAACAGAGUUUAUUAG